AGGCUGAAACUUGUCACUUCACAAGCGCGGCAGACGGACAGACGCAUUUAGCGACAUUAUAUAGUCACAGAUUCCUAAAUGUUGGCUGUGGUAUGAAGAGGUAGUUGUGUUAUAUGGUUUAUGUUUGGUUUUUAGUCUUCUAAAGUAUUUAUAUUUGAUGUAAUUGUAUAUACAUCAAUACAAUUUAGCGACACCACUUGUGGCAUCAUGAUGAUGGGAGUUAAACUGUCGCUGAUAGUCUGACCGAGUUGCAACAAUGUUGCCCUCACCUAACAUUUUGACCAGAUCCGCUACCCAAUUGGUGUCAUACUCAAAGUUUUGGAGUCAAGGUCAUCUGUGGUGCCCAUGCCGGAAUGUCUCCGUUAAACCAGAAGGGUGGAAACCGCAGAAGGUUCCACCAAGAUACCUCGGCCAGCUAAGCCCCUUCACUCAUCCACACCUCAUAAAAAAUGGUGAGGUGACCCCUGGCUUAACCCAAACAGAGUUUGAUCUCCGUCGGCAAAGACUGGCCUCUCUCAUUGAGGUUCAAGCAGAUCGGCUGGGACCCACUGUUUCGUCCAACAAACACCUCGUCAUAGUCCUCUCCCACCCAAUCCGCUACAUGACCAAUGACAUCCCCUACCCCUUCCACCAGAACCAGGACUUCCUCUACCUCACAGGCAUCCUUGAGCCAGACAGCGCCCUGGUUCUGUGUGGUACCGGCCGCCCGGACCAAGCCAUCCUCUUUGUACCCCGCAGGGACCCGGCCAGGGAGCUGUGGGACGGGCCCAGGUCAGGGAAGGACGGGGCGGCAGCGUUGACGGGGGUGGAGAGGGUCCACUGCACAGAAGAGUUGGGACUUGUACUCAAAAGCCUUAAAGGUAGCACUGUGUGGUAUGAUGGCUCCAAGCCCUGCCACCCUGGGCUCCACCAGACCCAUGUUCGGCCCCUGUUGGAAGGGGGGCCCAUGGUGCGCUCUCUCAGACCCCUUACACACUCCCUCAGGGCCCUCAAGAGCCCAGCCGAGGUGGCUCUCAUGAAGGAGGCUGGUCGCAUCACAGCACAGGCAUUCAAGAAGACUAUGGGUAUGUCUCAAGGGGACAUUGAUGAAUCUCUACUGUAUGCUAAGUUUGAUUUUGAGUGCCGUGCCCAUGGAGCCAAUUUCUUGGCCUAUCCUCCUGUGGUUGCUGGUGGAAACCGAGCCAAUACACUUCAUUACAUAAACAACAACCAGAUUGUCAAGAAUGGGGAGAUGGUGCUACUUGAUGGAGGGUGUGAAUACUUCUGUUAUGUCAGUGAUAUUACUCGCACCUGGCCGGUGAACGGAAAGUUCAGCCCUGCCCAGGCAGAGUUGUAUGAGGGGGUGUUGGAGGUGCAGAAGGCCUGUCUGUCUCUGUGCUCCCCAGGAGUCAGUCUGGACCACAUCUACAGCACCAUGUUGGCUCUGCUGGGACGCCAACUCAAACAGCUGGGUAUCGUGAAGGGCUCCACCAGUGAUGCUGAUACACUUAAGGCGGCACGGCGCUACUGCCCCCACCAUGUUGGUCACUACCUGGGCAUGGAUGUACACGAUACCCCUGAGCUUUCCCGCUCUCAGCCCCUCCAGCCUGGAAUGGCAAUCACAAUAGAGCCAGGGCUGUACAUAUGUGAGGACGAUGACCAGGUUCCAGAUCGAUUCCGUGGACUUGGGGUGAGAAUAGAGGACGACGUUGUGAUUCAAGACGAGAUAAACCCCUUGAUCCUGUCCUCUGACACACCCAAAACCAUUGCUGAUGUUGAAAGAGCCUGUGCACAGAGUUGGGGCUGAGAGAGACUAGACAUGGGGAGGGUAUAUACCUUGCUCCCAACUGGAGUGUGACUGUAUACACUCCUCAAAAUGCUAAGUGUGAGCAAGAGUGAGUGUUCAUCCCUCUCGAGUGACUGGUCACAUUUCAGUGGGUUCGUCUUCAGUAUAUUGGCGAUUGCACAAUUUAAUGUGCAUCCCGCCACCUACUGUGUGGGAUGGAAACGGGGUUUCCCCAAAAAAUGGAACUACCAACAAAAACUAACAAACUACCAAAAAUAAAUAUCAAACAACUUUACUGUUAAAAAAAUAAACUAAUCUGAUCCCUACACAGGCCCAGGGGGAGCCUGGGAGGGCGGGCUGUCUUCCGGCACCAAUACCCCUUCCAAGUGCUUCAGAUGUAUACUAAACAAAAAUAUAAACGCAACAUCUAAAGUGUUGGUCCCAUGUUUCAUGAGCUGAAAUAAAAGAUUCCUGAAAUGUUC